AUGAACAGACCAAACCGAACAUUAAAACUCACACAUUCAGUUAAUCACAGAUGAGAAACUCCACCACCUCCUCCACCAUCCAAACAGUAUUAUCAAUCACAAUGUGGAUCCUUCAGAAAGUACAGGCGGGAGCAGAAAGUCUUCCGAUGCAGAUUAAUCAUCUCAUUAGCAAACAUAAAGAGGAGAUUUCAGCCAAGACCAGCAUCCUCAAUAAACUGCACUGCAACGUCCUCACGCCUGAUAAAAUCCCUGACUUUUUUCUGCCGCCCAAGCUGACCAAGCACUCCCUCAUGGCAGACGCAGGAAAAAUUGUGCAAUGUCUGAACGAAGAAAAAAAAGUUCCCAGCUCAGCAAAAACAUCAUUGUCAAGACCCGGUACUUCCCAGCCACUAAGAGCGAGUCUAAAAAAAUCUACAGCAGCCUUGAACAAACUCAAACCCAUUCCAUAUUCGCUGAAAUGCUACGAGUACGGUUUAUUCGAGAGUCCGAACACACGUCGCAAAGAGUCUUUGUUCCAUUCGACGUUUACCAGUUACACACUAGAACGAAUGACCAUCAAAACACCCAAAUCUUCCUGUAGAGCAAUGCUGAAAGCAGCCAGCACUGAGAGUGACACGCCCUCUGCUGACUCCUCCCCUUAUUCCACUCCUCCACCAAUCAGAAGAGAGGAUUUCACCAGCAAACAGUCUUUGUCUGAAGAUCCAGUUCAGCAAGAUAUUCAAGCCACUAAAAAUGAGAAAAAUAAAGAUCACUCCUUACCUGACAAAACGUCCAUGUCAAAAGUGCAUCACCAUGCUAAAGUUAUUCAAACGUCCCAUUGCACCAAACUAGCCCCGCCCAUCCAAUUCCCACUGGACAUGCUGCACUGCCAGGAACGCUUCCACCAGGAACACGUGCUUCCUCUUCCUCAGAGAGGCCGAGUGCGCAUUUCUGCCUUCAGGUCCAGUGCAGCCAGGUGCUCUAUGACAAUUCGCAUCCGAGUAAUCUCGGUGGAAGGCUUGAGAGAUCCUGGUGACCCCCGACCUUUGACCUGCAGCUUGACCCUAAGCCUCACCCCAGGCAAGCUGCAGAGGCAACACAGCGCCAUCAUCAGGAACUGCCGCAACCCUGUGUUCAAUGAAGACUUCUUCUUUCAGGAACCAGAGGAGCAGCAGGGCAUGGGAGAUCUGGCCCUCAGACUGAAGGUGCUGGACAAGGCCUCAGGAUUGGGCAGAGGAGUGGUGCUGGGAAUUGUCAUCAAACCUCUCUGUCAGCUACUGCCACUGUGAGACACUAACACUCAAAGAAACACGCUCCAUAGAGUUUACACUGAACAAAAUGCUGUUUUAUAAGAGAAGUCACAGAUUGCUUGACAGGUAUGAUUCAGUUUACGGCACUUCUCAUUCCUUUCUAUGGUAUCCGCAAACAGUGAUUGACUGUCAAACAUCUCUGAAUGAAAUUCAAUGAUGUCAAGGUUGUAAAGUGAUUGGUUAUCAAGGCUCGCAUGAUCCAAGAAUUCUUUUUCUUUUUUUUUCAACAUGAUGUGCCAUUAGGGCCUCCAUAGUUUUAAAGCUCAGUUGUAUCUUUAUGUUUUACCAUGCUAGGUGAUUACAUGCUUGUUUUGAGCUGUGAAAGUUGUGUUUGACAGUUAUUAAUUUAUAAGAUCGAAACAUAACCUUUACAACCAGUCGGAAAUUAUUAUUUGUAAAAUA